AUGGCGUCGAUGGAGUCACGUUCGGGUCAGCGCAUGCGUGGAGGAUCAAGAGGACGCACGAGGUCUACAAUUAAGUCAUGCGCGUGGGCGUGCAAGAGCGCGUACAGUACCUGUCUCAGUACUCGUUCGUCACCAUCACUUCGACGAAAUAUCAGCAGGCAAGAGCAGCAGGAAGACAACUGGGCAUCGGACCAAUUUGUGCCUGAAACCCUAAAUUUUACCGUCCCUGCGUAUUCUCAUGUAGACACUACCGACUGGGAAUGGCAUAGAUACUACGAUCAAUAUAUUAACGACGAAAUUCUUUUAACGAUUGUUGAGAACACGAAUAGAACACACAUUUUGGAGACAGGUAAAUCACUUGGGCUGACCCUUAAAGAGUUAAAAAUUUAUUUGGGCAUAACCAUGAUUAUGUCUGCGCUUCAAUACCCACAAAUAGAUAUGUAUUGGUCACCUAAAUGGAAACUUCCUGCAAUAUCUAUGGCUAUGAAUCGCAACCGAUUUUAUUUUAUAAGGAAGCGCCUCAAAUGCGUUUAUGAUCCGGAUGUCACGGUUGAGCAAAAAAAAGAAAAAACGUGGAAAAUAAAACCUUUGUUCCAGUGUAUUUUAAAAGGUUGUCACAUGCAAGAGCGACCAAAAGAUUUAUGUAUUGACGAAAUGAUAAUCCCGUUCAGCGGUAAAUGCCCCAUGCGCCAGUAUUGCCCUAACAAACCAAAUCCUGUUGGUCUAAAGGUAUUCGUCUUGGCUUUUCCCCAAGGAGUUGUCUGUGAUAUGGUCAUAUACCAGGGAGAUACAACCUUUCCUGAUCUUAAGAACCAAGGGUUUGGCUUGGGAGAAAGCGCCAUCUUAUAUUUAACUAGGACUUUGGUUCCUGGCCACUCGUUAUUCUUUGACCGUUAUUUUACAUCUGUAAAACUUUGUGACGAGUUAGUAAAGCUUGGUUUUCAUGGAACUGGCACAAUAAUGAAAAACCGGAUACCAAGAGACUGUGUUUUAAAAGAAGAACGAUCAUUUAAAAAGGAGCAAAGGGGAAGCACAGAAGUGAAGAUAAGGGAAGAUGGAAAACUUGCUGUAACCAUGUGGCUUGAUAAUAAGCCGGUGUUGAUGAUGUCCUCGUGUUUUUCUAAUGACAAAGUGGAUGAGUGUGAAAGAUGGUCUAAAAAAGACAAGCGGUAUGAAAAAGUAAGAAGACGAGAAGUGAUAAAGAUAUACAACCAAAACAUGGGUGGUGUCGACCUAAUGGACAGAAUGCUCUCCGUUUGUCCAUCGCGCAAUCGAACCAAAAAAUGGACUAUUCGCGUAAUUUCUCAUCUUUUUGAUUUAUGUGUUGUGAAUGCUUGGUUGCAAUAUCGAAGGGAAGCGACACAAAAUUUAACCCUGGUCAAAAACAUAAUGCAGCUACGACAAUACAAGUUAGAGCUAGGCACCAAACUCAUAACUGACAAUGAGAACCAAAGUGAUGAAGAAACCGACCGAGUUUACGAGGAGUUGGAGCCUAAGCACAAGAAGAGGAAGGUUCUCAUAAAACCCAUACCAACCCUUGAAUGUCGUGUGCAAAAAGCCGCACAUCUGCCUAAGUAA